GGUGAUGAAACCCCAGUUUGGGCAACAGAUAUCCACCGAUGAAUCAAAGCUAUCUGACACCGAGCUAACGGCCUCAAAUCCGGACGUGUUACCCAAUUACUCGUCGGCAACAGCAACUGUGAGUGGGGAUGAGAAUUUAGGGGAAGAAACGUCCUUAAAAACCACAGCGCCAUCUAGUAGACGGAAUGAUGAUCCAGCUACGCCAGUAGACCAGACACAAGUCUCCGGGUUCUCAUUAGUUCCCGUUGAAAGCAACCAACAGUUGAACCCAGCUCUAACCACGCUGGCGCCACCUGUUGACGAGACACCCCUUGAGGAACAAUCAGGUUCCAUGACACAGUGGCAAAGGGAUAUUAUACAGAAUAACUUUGUGUUUCUUGUUGAGAACUUACGGAUGUCGCCACUGUAUCCCUACUUGUACGAAGACGCUGUUCUAGUGGAGUCGGACCGCGAAGUCCUUGAGAGUAAAAAAUCAAACCUCGAGAAAAACACACAUUUUUUGAUACAAAUACUUCGUAAGCGAGGUGCACGCGCGUUUGCGUCUCUUAAACGAGCACUCACCAAGACGGGAAGCGGUUUCAUUGUCGAGGCACUGGAGGGAAAGAAAAGUUAUGUCUACGGGCAAUUGGAAGUACGUCCUACCACCGAGGUGCAAGGGCCUCAUAGCGACACUGUACAAAGGCAGCUGGCCACGGCGGAAUCUGUGCUUCAGAGCAACAUCCUGAACGACCAGACGAGACAGAAGGAGGUCGCCUAUUCUUUGGCCAGGUUAACAACUCCCCUGCAAGUUGAUUCCAUUUCCCAGGGAAGUCUCAUCUUUGACCUGAAGUUUGGGGACUUGGACCAACUGGACGCGUUCUGGCAGUGGUCACGUGGGCGGGACUCCCCGUUGAAAAGACAUUUGGAGUCGAUCCUGCUGACAGACGAUAUCCGCCAUCUUGUUCCCGGGCUUAGGUUGACACUGGACAUAACUACGCCUAUGACGUGGGCAGAGUACCUGAAGGGACGAACGCUUUUAGGGGGUAAAUUCUUAGACGGCUGUAGAGACGACUUUGUCGACCGCGGUCCACGGAAAGAUAACCCCCCUUCCGCCCUCAAAGUGGCGGCAUUAUUGGAUUCCAACCGUGCCUUACCUUCAAACGUCCCCACAUCAAAAGACGUUUCUCUUUGGGCGUUUGAGGAUGGGCGUUUUGAUGUUGUGACAAAAAUGCAUGCUUUUCGUAAUGAAAAUAAAAACUUAGAUGAACUCAAGCGCGAACGGAUAGAGAGAUACUUGCAGGCUAGGGAGAAGCAAGUUGCUUCCCUGCAGAAACAACUCGAUGAUUGCAAUCAGGAAAUUGAAAAUAAUAAACAUGAGCGGAUACGAAGGGAUGGCGAGUUCGAACGCCUUUCUAAUGUCCUCGGAGAAACCAGUGGUAAAAUUCUACAGAAGGAAAUGGAGUUGAACGAUCUUCGCCAAAGGUGCAACCGAAGUGCUGGAGCAAUGCAAGAAAAGGAGCAUGAAAUCGCGGCACUGCAAAGUGAAGUUGUGAAACUUACCAACGCUCUUGGAGAACAGACUGAAGGAACUACUGUACAAACGCUCAGGUCACAACUAGAAGCAGAGAUGGAGAAGGUUGAAAAACUUCAACAAAGUGUUGAGGAGGCAGAGCUAACAACAUUAGCAUUUGAGGUUCUAGCCGAGGAUGUAGGAAAAUUUAAAGUGACCGCGGGCCAAAGAUGUAUGGCGUUAGAGCUGGGGAGAAAAACGCGACAUCUUGAGAAGGCAAAUGAACAAUUGAAAAAUGCAACUGCUAAAAUUAAAACGCUUGAAUCAGAAAAAGCCAAGUUAUUAGAGGAUUUGGAGUCUUGGCAAAAGUUUUUUGAUGACCUCCCUCAAUACAUUGAAAAACAAAAUCUCAUAGUUGAUUUAGAGCGGUUAACUAACAGGUUAUUUUGUAAAUCUGGUGGACAUCAAAGUGAAAACAUCAAACCAAAUGGUGCGGAAGGAUAUGGUGUUCCUUCAAAAAAAGCUAGUGCUGCCGACCCAAUUCUAAAUGAAGAUCACUUCGAGACCGAGCCUGGACUGCCCCUCGAGCAGACGAUAGAACAAACAACAAAAGCACAGACAAUUCCGAACACAGAUCAGCAGAAAGAAACGCCGCCGCCCAGUGUGUUGAAACCAAUAACUAAUCCAAGAACAGGAAGAUGGAGUAAGAGGAAAACAAGCGGUCUGGACACGGUGCUGUGUGUGGACGUCUCUGGCAGUAUGCAGGGAGAGCCCUUCACUCGGCUGAAGAGAGGGAUUAACCAGAUGCUGGACGACAUGGAAUAUGCAAACAACAUCUACGAGUUUGAAGAGGACGUGGCUUUGGUGACAUUUGGGGGAGAAAUUGCGGCGACAGUAGUGCCUCUUACCACGGAUUACUACCAGAUAAGACGUGCAUUGGAAAAUAUCCAACCCCAAGGAAUGUCACCUCUUGUCCCCGGGAUAUUAGAGGCACAGCGGGAAAUUCAGAGAAACUCUGGACAGUUGGUGGUAUCCGGGAGGAAGGUCUCGGCCCGUAUCUUGGUGUUUACAGACGGUCACCCUAGUGAUGAGAACGACGUCGGGGCGGAGGACGUACCAUUUGGGUCCACCACGGCUAAAUAUAAGACAGCGACGGCCCUUCAGAUGUACGCUGAUGAUACAGACCGCCAUAAUAAAGCUGCUACCACUUUCAUUGCUUGUGGGGGGAAGAUUGACACGAAUUUCCUGACAUCCGUCGUUAAGAUUGGGAACGGUGUGCUGCUUUCAGCUGACGAUGACGUCACUUGGCGGAAACUUGGCGGAUAUUACAAAAGAAAGGUAUGGGUGUGCCGAUUUGCUGCUCCAUUUAAAGGUACAGACGACAUGAAGAGACUGGUGGGUCAGGACGUGAAAACAUUUGAAUACUGGAUGAAGGCCACCAAGGGCGCCGAGAUCAUGGAGGCCGACAUGAGUGAAUUUGAUAUGAAAGAAAUGUUCAACAUGAUACUGGAACUGCAGGAGAACGACAAAGAUGACGACAGCAGGGAGAGUGACCCGGAAGUACAGGUCCACCUCCCAAUAGGAACAAGGGUCCGGAGAGGCCCCGACUGGAAGUGGGAGGAUCAAGAUGGCGGUGGACCGGGCACUGUGGUCGGAUAUGGAAAACGAAAAUGGGUCCUUGUUAACUGGGACGCUAACAGCCAGACAAGAAACUAUCGCUUUGGAGAAGAAGAUAAAUAUGACAUAUUUCAAGUGAAUGAGCCACGAAAGCUGAAAGCAGACGAGUUGAUAGCAGUUGGCGUCAAAGUUGUACGAGGUCCGGAUUGGAAGUGGCAAGACCAAGAUGGCGGCAAGGGAAACGUUGGUGUAGUGUUUCGAGUUCAAGAAAAUGGGCUGGUCAAUGUAAUGUGGCCGACCAGGCAGGGAUACGACUACAGAUACGGGUUUGACGGAUGCUUUGACCUGGAGAUAGUGGAUGAGGAGACAACCCCUAACUCCACCCCGAACACUGCCGAAGGGGCAACGGGAAUUCAGUUUAAAGAAGGAGAACACGUGGUGUGGCAGUGGUUACGUAACAUGGAGUGGGUGAUGUACCCCAGUGACGUCAACAUGCGUUUGGAGCAUGCGUACCAGGAUAACAUCCGGGGCACUGUCGAGGUGGAUGUCAUGGGAGUGAGGUAA